AAGAAUAAUUCUAUGAAAUUAUUUUAUACUAAUUAGUAAACACUUUUUAACAAAGUUAACAAUUACAGAUAUUGAUUUUACAUAUUUGAAAUGAAAUCACAUUAGUUAUAAUUAGGGUGUCUCAAAAAGAACGCCGGAUUUGAAAAGGCUGCUAUCCUAACCUCGAUCUUGCGACUUGACGCCGUGUGAUUUUUUCUUAUGGAGAUACACUAAGUCACCAGUUUACCAGAACAAAGUCCGAAACGUCUUGGAACUUAAGCAAGAAAUUUGUCGUGUCCUCAACGAACUUGAUGGGGCAAUGUGUGAUCAAGUGAUGUUUCAAAAAGAUGAAGUGAAGAUGGUCACAAAAAGCUACAAGUUUACUGUCUCAGUACACAGUACUAUCAACAGUCGUUUCUCAUCAUUCGUCAGUUGCCAGUCAAGUGUCAACACUCACCACUCUCUAAUCGGAACAUUCGGAUUUCGGAACUCGGCGUUUUUUUGGGCCUGGCCAUAGUUGGAUUUCUGAGUUUCCGAUUACUCACUACUCGGUGCUCAGCCAGUUUUCAAUUGCCAUUAUAGGGUGCUGAGUUCUCAGUACCUACUUCAUUAGGUAUCUAUAGUUAUUAUAUUUUUGACGUAGACAGUCUGAAACUCUCAACAUUUAUAAUUUUUCAAGAAAUAUUGUGAACAUUUAUCCAUAUUAAUAAACAGUUUUGGCGGACCAAGUAUCAACAAUGAAAAAUAAGAUUUCAACUUUUUUAACAGGAUUUCCAGACUCAGUAAUCGGAAAACAAAAAAAUAAAAAGAAGAGAAAAGAAAUUAGUUCAGAUCCAAAUGAAGAUAUUUUAUUAUUAAAAAGGAAAAAGUAUUCAGCCACUGAUGCCAAACCGAAUAUUAUUACGACUAUUUCGCAAGUUCCUGCAAUAGAUAACAAAAUUAUAAAGAAAAAGGAAAACAAAAUACAAGCAGCACCUACUUCAUACUGUAUUGAAGACAUAGCUGUUCAGGAUUUAAAAGAUCAACCCCCUAAUACUGCUGGUACUGCCGUCUCUGAAAUUGAAAAGUUUGUUGUAGUACCGUCUCCAUUGCCCAGUUAUCUUACACUAUUUUCAUCGUUGAAGUCCAACUUUAAUUCACCAUUACCACAACUCAUAAAGCAAAGAUCUACUUCAACACCAAUUGCUGGUUCAGGGUGGCAAAAAUUGAAUUUUGAUAUAGAUCCUCUUACGCCAGUGAAAGAAUUUAUUCCAUCAUCACUACCUAAACAAACCAACAUAGAAUUUGAGGUGAUAUCAGAAGAACUGCCAUCACAGCCCAUCGUUUCUGUCAACAAAAAAAAAUGCAAAAUAAUGUUGACGUCUGAAAAAUUGAAAUUGGGCAUUUUGGAUAAAAUACCAAAAUUUUGUCCAUUUUGUGAUUAUGUAUGUGAAAGAUUACUUUAUCUUCAUAUUCAGACAAAACACGAAGAAAAACUCAAAUUGCCAAUCUCUAACUCUGUUGUCGGAAUCAACAAAAUAAUAACAAACUUUUCAAAAAACAAAAAGGUAUUGAUGCCUCUUCAACAUAUAGUUGAUUUAAUGGGAGACUAUUGGCUUAACCCAGAAAUAAGAAAGAUUGCAUACAUCUUGUGCAAUCUUGGUCAGGUAACAACAUAUGGUGGGUCAUGGGAGCUAAAUAAUGUCCCUGAAGUCUCCAAUCCAUUUGAGCAGUACAUCGUAACAUCUAAACCAUGAUCAGAGUAAAAGUAUGACUACUGGUUAUUUCCAGAUUUAUUUUUAAGGAAUUAAUUGUUAUUUUUAUUAUACUACAGAAAAAAUAAGGAAUUUAAUUUAAUUUUUUAAAUGUUAAUUAUACUUUUAUUCAAGUUUUAAAUUGUAUGUUAAAUUUAUUUUGUUACUAAGUUUUACAGAACAAAAAUUGUACAAUAGAUAAGAUGAAUAUUAUACAAUGAUGGAAAUAAAUCAAAAUUUUAUUGCCAUAUUA